AUGAAUAUUCACGAAUAUCAAGCGAAGAUGAUAUUAAAACAAUACAAUAUACCAACUUCGACAGGAGUGGUAAUAUUGCGUAAAGAAGAUAUUGAUCGAUUAAUUGAUGGAUUAAAUGCAGAGCUAUAUGUAGUAAAAGCUCAGAUUCAUGCUGGGGGUAGAGGUAAGGCAGGGGGAGUAAAGGUUGUUAAGGAUAAGGAGGAGGCAAAAAAGGCUGCUCAUGCGAUGUUUGGAAUUAAUUUAGUAACGCACCAGACUGCUCAAGAAGGACAAAAAGUCCGGCGUAUUUAUGUAGAGAUUGGUAAUGACAUUUUAAAGGAAUAUUAUUUUAGCGCAGUUUUUAAUCGUAGUAGUAGUAGGAUAACUUUUAUAGCGUCUACCGAAGGGGGAGUUGAUAUUGAAGAAGUAGCUCAGGCAAGUCCAGAAAAAAUUAUUACCGUGUCCGUUGACCCAGCAACAGGAAUACAAUCAUUUCAUUGUCGCGAGAUAGCUUACAAACUUGGGUUUAAAGGCGAACAAAUUAAACAGAUGAUACAGAUUGUUGAGUCAACUUACAAAGCUUUCAUUGAAACUGAUGCUAGCCAGAUUGAAAUAAAUCCCUUAAUUACUAAACCUAAUGGUACUCUACUUGCCUUAGAUGCAAAAAUUAAUUUUGAUGAUAAUGCUUUAUUUAAACACCCAGAUAUUGCCUCCUUAAGGGACGAAGAUGAAGAAAAUGCGCUGGAGACUAGAGCGGCUAACGCGGGAAUUAGUUAUGUUAAAAUGAAAGGUACUAUUGGCUGUAUGGUUAAUGGGGCCGGUCUUGCUAUGGCCACUAUGGAUAUUAUUAAACUAUAUGGCGCAGAACCGGCGAAUUUCUUAGAUGUUGGUGGGGGGGCUGACCGCGAAAGAGUAACUGAAGCAUUUAAAAUAAUUUUAUCCGAUCAGGGAGUACAUGGGGUUUUAGUUAAUAUUUUUGGUGGUAUAAUGCGCUGCGAUAUCAUUGCUGAAGGUAUCAUUGCUGCGGUAAAAGAAAUCGAUAUUACAGUCCCGCUAGUUGUACGUUUAUCUGGCACUAAUUUUGAAUUAGGGCGAAAUAUUUUAGGUAAUUCAGGGUUAAAAAUAAUCGCGGCAAAUGAUUUAAAUGAUGCAGCCGAACAAAUUGUUGCGGCAGUAAAAUAA